AUGGGCAGCGGCGGCGCCGAGCUGGCGGCCUUCCUGCUGGUCGUCGCGGGCUGGGUGCUGGUGUCGUCCACGCUGCCCACCGACUACUGGAAGGUGUCCAGCAUCGACGGCACGGUCAUCACCACGGCCACCUUCUGGGCCAACCUCUGGAAGACCUGCGUCACCGACUCCACCGGCGUCUCCAACUGCAAGGACUUCCCCUCCAUGCUGGCGCUGGACGGUUACAUCCAAGCUUGCAGAGGACUGAUGAUUGCCGCCAUCUGCCUCGGCUUUUUCGGCUCCAUAUUCGCGCUGGUCGGGAUGAAAUGCACCAAAGUCGGAGGCUCGGACCACACCAAAGCUAGAAUUGCUUGUUUAGCGGGGGUGAUUUUCAUCCUUUGUGGGCUCAGCGCUAUGACUGGUUGCUCCUUGUAUGCAAACCGAAUCACCGCCGAAUUCUUUGACCCUAUGUAUGUUGCUCAAAAGUAUGAAUUAGGAGCGGCUUUGUUCAUCGGAUGGGCGGGAGCAUCGCUUUGCAUAAUUGGCGGCAGUAUAUUCUGCUUCUCAUUGGUUAAAGAGAAUAAAUCUCCAAGGAUGGGAUACGCAUACAACACAGCAGCCUCGGUGAUAUCUACUCGAACAAAGGUCUACAGCGGCUCAACGGGUUUGGCAUCACCCAACGCCUCUCCAAAGCACUUUGACAAAAACGUCUAUGUCUAA